AAGGGUCCGCAGCAAUCGUAUGACGUACGUCCAAAAGAGAGGAUAUUUCAAUGAGAGAAGCGACGAUGAAGAGCCUACUGAUAAUAUUUAUCUCGCUGCUCGUCGCCUGCGUGCACUCGAAAACAAAUACGGCAUCGAUUCCAUGUAGUGGAAUAAAAAUAAAGAAUCCAACCAAAAAUUUGCACUACGACUGGACUUAUCCUAUCAAUAAAAAUAUGCUAAAAAAAUCAACCGAUUGCGGUACUGAUAUCAAGUCAAGAUUGUCAGUUGGCAACGAUGGAACACUGUUCAUCCGAAAAUUUACAUAUAAUGACUGGGGGAAGUACGUAUGCCGUCUGAAAGAUGGACAUACCGUUCUUGAUGAAAUUGUCGUUGAUGUUACCGAUAAAUACAUCAUAGUUUCGGAUGCUGAAAGGCCAAUAGAAGAGUGUCCAUCUUGGGCAUGUAUAGCGAGGGAAAAAUGUAGCAAUCCAGAUACGAGGGUUUGUCCCGAUGGAACUGAUGCCUGUUGUCCCAGAAUGAGAGAAGAGGAUAAGCAUCGGUGUCGCCACUUCUUGGGAGAAUGUAUGGAAACGUGUCACGAAAAUCUCAGAGCCACACGAGCUGAUGACUGUCCACAAGGUUCAAUGUGUUGCGUUUUAGUUUGAAAAUUCAAGCAUUAAUAGAGGUUAAAUCAACAUACGUCCUCUUGCAUUAUACAGUUUACCUCAACAUAGAUAUUAAUAUAUAAGAUAAAUGCUCAUUU